AUGGUUCUCACUAUCACCCUUCCCACUGAGUACAGCUACGUGCUGGCCGUGGCGUCAUCCAGCUUCCUGCUGGGCACUUACCACUACAUAUUGACUGCCGUGGCGCGCGGCAAGGCCAAGGUUCCCUACCCUGUCGCUUAUGCUUCCAAGGAGGAGGCAGACAAGGACCCGGCCGUGUUCAAGUUCAACUGCGCCCAACGCGCGCAGUCCAACUUUGUCGAGAACCACAGUGGUUGGCUCGGCGCCCUGCUCAUCUCCGGCCUGCGAUUCCCUGUUGCCAGUGCCGGGCUCGGUGCCGUUUGGGUUGUGGCCCGCGUUCUCUACGGCCAGGGCUACACCAGCAAGAAGGGCCCCAAGGGUCGCAUUUUGGGCUCAAGCCUGGCCAGCUUGACUGACCUUUCUCUGCGCGUUAUGGCAGUGUACACCACGGUCUCGAUGGUGCUGGCAUAG